AUGGCAGAAAAGCCAUCAGUUGGUUCUUGCCAACAAAUUUCAAGAGAUGCAGCAGGCAUGUACUUGCAGGGUGAGCCUCAUUCUUUUAAACCCAAUUGGUACUUCACCAGGGAAGAAUUAGAUCUUUCUCCAUCAAGGAAGGAUGGCAUCAGUAGCGAAGAAGAGUCACAUUUGCGGCAAUUAUAUUGUUCAUAUUUACAAGAGCUUGGCAUGGAGCUUAAAGAGCCCCAGGUAACCAUAGCUACUGCAAUGAUGUUGUGCCACCGGUUUUAUAUGCACCAAUCCCAUAAAAAGAAUCAUUGGCAGGCUGUUGCAAAUUCUAGCAUGUUCCUUGCUAGCAAAGCUGAAGACACACCAUGUCGUCUGAAAGAUAUUGUGGUUACGGCUUAUAAGUUAAUGUACAAAUGGCAUCCUUCAGCUUCACAAAGAAUCAGGGAGAAGGAAGUUUAUGAUAGGCAGAAGGAACUGAUCUUAACUGGGGAGAGGCUUCUUUUAGUUACCGUUGCUUUUGAUCUCAAUAUCGAACACCCUUAUAAGCCACUUGUUGCGGCUCUGAAGAAGUUGAAAAUUUCAGAUAAGGAGGUGGUGAAAGUAGCGUGGAAUUUUGUGAAUGAUUGGGUCCGCACGACACUUUGCUUGCAAUACAAACCACAUUAUAUAGCAGCAGGUUCUCUGUACCUUGCUGUAAAAUUUCAGAAGAUGAAAAUGCCUUCGGAAAAUGGGAAUAUGUGGUGGAUGCAAUUUGAUAUUUCACCCAAAAAAUUGGAAGAGGUCAUUCAGCAUAUGCUUGGAUUGCUAGGGAAGAAUAACAAACAAGCGUUACAAUCCUCAUUUAGUGGGAAAUCAAAACAAAGGCCUAAAGAAGAAUCCAAUAGCACAGGAUCAUGCAUUUCAAGUGACUCCAUCAUCAGGCAAGAUUCAAGCAAUAUAUCAUUGUCAAAUGCUGGAGCACUUCCGAAAUCUGCAACUGCCGAAUGCAGUCAGAAACAGACGUGUGGUUAUGCUCUUGAUACCACAAGAAAUACUGAGCACCAUCAGAUUAGAAAGCCCGGUAGUGCAAAUAGUGUUGUUGAGGAUUGCGACAAUGAGCUGAUAACAAGAGAAUCUGGCCAGAAAUCUGCUUGUGCAAUUUCGUUAGUUAAAGAAAGUUAUCAGAAGAUUGAUAUUACUGUGGCUCCAGGUAGUGCAGAAUCAUGCAUAUCAAGCAGUUCAGUCGGGCAAGUUUCACGCAAGAUUCCGUUGGCAAAUGCUGGAUUAAACUCGUCCCCUUCUGCAAUUGCCAAUUGCAACCAGAAACUGCCGUGUACAAAAACUGAGCAGUGCCAGGUUGGUGAUUCUGGUAGUGUAAAUAUUGUCAUUGAUGAUGGUGGUGACAAUGAGCCAAUAACAGGAGACUCUGGUCAGAAAUCAGGUCUGAAGAUUGAUAUAACUACAAUAAGAGAGAGAAUAAAGAGGAGGAAACUCGAAGGGAUAACAAGUAAGAAGUCCACAGAAACCAUGGAUGAGGAGAUAGUGGAUAGUGAGGCUUGGAUAGAGAGAGAGCUGGAAAGGAUAUCGAGUUGA